UCAGCAUUGGUCCUGGCCUCCCUGACUUGGUUUCCUUGUCCACAGGCCCCUAUGGGUGGCAUUGAUGUGUGCCCUGAUCUUGGGUCUGCUCUUCAUGGCCAUCUACAGUUUGUCCCACGGCGAGAUCUCCUAUGACCCACUCUACGCUGUCUUCGCUGUCUUCGCCUUCACCUCGGUGGUGGACCUCCUCAUCGCCCUUCAGGAGGAUGGCUACGUGGUGGGCUUCACGGAGUUCUACGCCAAAGAGGGCGAGCCGUACCUGCGCACAGCGCACGGAGUCUUCAUCUGCUACUGGGACGGCACAGUGCAUUACCUGCUGUAUCUGGCCAUGGCCGGCGCCAUCUGCAGAAGGAGGAGAUACCGGAAACUUGGCCUCUACUGGCUGGGCUCCUUCACCAUGAGCAUCCUGGUGUUCCUCCCAGGAAACAUCCUUGGCAAAUACAGCUCAGAGAUCAGGCCUUCCUUCUUCCUCGCCAUCCCCUACAUGCUGGUCCCAUGCUGGGCUGGCAUGAAGGUCUUCAGCCAGUCCCGGGAGCCAACCUGCUGUACCCCCAACAUGGUUCAGGAGGAGCAAAGCAAGGGCCUCCUGCAGCGCCCGGCUGACCUCGCCCUUGUCACGUACCUCAUCCUCGCUGGCUUCUUCACCCUGUUCCGGGGCCUGGUGGUGCUUGACUGUCCCACGGAUGCCUGCUUUGUCUACAUCUACCAGUAUGAGCCCUACCUGCGGGAUCCUGUGGCCUAUCCCAAGGUGCAGAUGCUGAUGUAUCUGUUCUACGUUCUGCCUUUCUGCGGCCUGGCCGCCUAUGCCCUCACCUUCCCUGGUUGCUCCUGGCUGCCGGACUGGACCUUGGUGUUCGCCGGAGCCAUCGGCCAGGCACAGUUCUCGCACAUGGGUGCCUCCAUGCACCUGCGCACACCUUUCACCUACCGUGUGCCUGAAGACACCUGGGCCUGCUUCUUCCUGUGCAACCUGCUGUACGCGCUGGGCCCCCACCUGCUGGCCUACCGCUGCCUGCGUCGACCAGCCUUCUUCCUGCAGCCACCACUCCCCGGGUCCCUGGCCCACCACAAGAAGCAGCACUGAGGGGUCUAUGGACUCAGACCCAGGACUCUGUUUACACACCCAGCCCCUGGAAGGGUGGGUUGGAUUUUCUCUGGGUGACUCCAGUCCUAGCUGCUGCGGUUUCAGGCCAGUACAUGGGAUGGGAGGGGAACAACAGCAAGGCAUUCCUGCAAAGAGCCUCAAAACCCCUGACCUCGUUGGAUGCUUUUACUGCCUCCUGGAAUUGACCCAUCAUCCCUCAUGGAUCCUUUGAGUAAAAAUCUUUUUGAUCUCCAAA